CUGAUGUUUUCUCAACAUUAUUGCUCAGGAAUGGUAGCAGCUCUAACAAAUGAAAGUGCUACGAGCAAAUCAGUAUAUUUUGCACAUUGCACAUCCGAGAUGAUAUUUAUCACUCAUUUGUUAGCUGAAGAACCCGAGAAGCUUGCAGGACCUUUGCUCGCUGAUACCUAUGUAACCUUGUUGAAAGGUCGUAAUGCAUGGUAUGGUCAAAUGAUAGCCAAGGGAGAACUAAGCCUAGAUAUGGGUGACAGCAUCAGCGGAAAAGGAACUAUUCAGGGAGUUUCUGCAGUUGGAGCAUUUUAUGAACUUCUAAGCCAGUCAAGUUUAAAUGUAUUGCACCCUGAAGCAAACAAGCCAGUUGCCCCAGUUGAGCUGUGUCCAAUUUUAAGGACUUUGUAUAAAAUUCUAAUCACCAGGGAACAAGGAACAAGGGGUAUUCUUCAAGCGCUACAGGAUGAGAACCUGAAUGAUCCCCGUGAUCGCAUUGAGAUUGCACAGAGCCAUGUCUUCUACAGGCCUUCACUUCUUGGGGGCAGCCUUGACUGAAAUCUGAUGUGCAAUGGUGGAAGAAAUAAGAGAUAGAUGAGCAUAUAAAAGUAGAAGUACCAGUGAAAAUUUACACUGUUUGAUUCUCUGCAUCAAGCACUUGUUUAUUGUGGGUUUGAAUAUUUCAGAUCGAACUUUUGAAUCUCUUUUCACCAAAUAUAUAUACCUGGAUAUUGUUUCAGUUCCAAUCUCUAGAAAUGGAUAACUUUUGCCUUGGGAAACCUCUCCAUUUGUACUGUAUUCUUAAGUAAAUCUAAUGAUCAGCCUAGUUUAGAGGUGUUAA